UUCUUUUUUUUAUACUGAAAGAAGCAAGAUGGCGGAACCUGAGGAGACGAAAAAGGGCCCAUGCACUUUUUUGUUUAAAAAAUCUACUAAAAAGUUUUCCGGACGAAAGAGGAAGGCAAGCGACAGCGACAAAGAUGGCAACAGUGAUGAAGACCAGAGCUCUGUGGUCAGGAGAGAAAAGAAGGAAACUCGGGUCAAUCCCAUGAUUCAAAAGUCGAAGAAGGUGGAGAGAGAUACCAUUUCCUCAAGUGAAAGUGAAGAAGACAAAGAAGACCAGAAAAUCACAGUUUCCUACAAGUCCACUCGGUCAGCAAAACCCGAGGGCCCUGAGGACAUGGGUGCAACUGCUACAUACGAACUGGACACAGAGAGAGACAAAGAUGCUCAGGCCAUUUUUGAAAGAAGUCAGAAAAUCCAAGAGGAGCUGACGGGUAAAGAAGACGAUAAAAUCUACCGUGGCAUUAACAACUACCAGAAAUUUAUUAAACCCAAAGAUACCACCAUGGGCAAUGCCUCCUCUGGCAUGGUCAGAAAAGGACCAAUCAGAGCUCCUGAGCACCUGAGAGCCACAGUGAGGUGGGACUACCAGCCAGACAUCUGCAAAGACUACAAGGAAACUGGUUUCUGUGGUUUUGGAGACAGCUGUAAGUUCCUCCACGACAGAUCUGACUACAAACAUGGCUGGCAGAUCGAGAGGGAGCUGGAGGAGGGCAGAUAUGGAGCCAAUGAUGAUGAAAACUACGAGGUGAGCAGUGAUGAUGAGGAUUUACCCUUUAAGUGCUUUAUCUGCAGGGAGUCCUUCAAGAAUCCUAUCAUCACAAAAUGUAGGCACUACUUUUGUGAGAGCUGCGCUCUUCAGCAUUACCGCAGGUCAAAGCGUUGCUACGUGUGCAACACUCAAACCAAUGGUGUCUUCAACCCGGCUAAAGAACUGAUGGCCAAGUUGGAGAAACAUCAGGCCGCAACAGACCAGCCACCGUCAGAGGAGGAAGAUUAACAUCUGAACCUCUUCAGCCUCUUCCCUUAUGUGUUUGUCUGUCUAUUCUGAAUAAAGUAACUUUUUCUACAUA